AUGCGGGGGAACACGGCCGCUCACCGGCAGAGUGAAAACAGCCACAAAUUUGGCGGCGGCAGCGACGACGACGAUUCUGGCUUGAGAGGUUGUCGCAGUACCCGCGACAUGCAGCAAUCGUCCGUUCGGGUUGCCGUGGACCACGCGAUAAGAAGCAUGAUGGCGACGGGCUUCUGCGGGCCAUACUACCUGCACUAUAGGCAUUUCAAGGCCCCUUCUGCAUGCCCAGACAUGGUUUAGAUUAGAACAUCACGUCUCCCGGCCUUGGGACUCGCC